AUGGAAGAAAGAAAACGACUCACUUUAGAUAAGAAAGAGAACAAAACGGCAAAGCUAUUGCAUCAGCCUGAUGGAAAAAUUUUCAGGAGUGAAUUGUACCAGAAUAAAAGUGGAGUGCAUCUACCGAUGGCAGAGUUCAUACAUCGUGGGUAUUGUAGCCUGAAAGUAACAAAAGAUUAUAUGCAAACAGCGGUGAAUGCAUUUGCCAUACUGUUGUAUGGAGAUUUAGAUGAUAUAUCCCGAUUGCCUUCUGAUUACGUACUUCAAUCUGCUCGAACUAUAUCCAUGAUGAAAAUAGCUCGCGAGAAACUCGCAGCCAUGUGGAAUGUUGUCAAAGGAGAUCAAGAGACAAGUGAGAUUUCGUACGAGACCCUGGCUAAGUAUCGUCCAUUAUUCAGAUAUGUUAAUGGAAAAGAAAUGUCGAAGCUGAAUUUGAGUGACGUGCGAAUCCUCUCUUACAUUGGAACUCACUCGCACUUGGAUAGACAUCAGGUCGGGUUGGUGGCUAGCAGAUAUAUAACUUUAAAUCCGAAGUGGUCGGAGCCUAGAUAUUUAAACUUAAUGAACAAUUUACUAUGCGGCGUGCCUAUGACAUUCAUGAGAAGGGUGCCUGAAAAUACCUUCUUACAGCUUUCACACCAGGUAUUUUAUCAUAUUCAUGCCUGCGAUCCGUUACAAAGACGAUUCUAUCUCGCUCUGAUGAUGAGAACACAAGUGUUAGGAAAGUCGUAUAGCUGGAGUGCUAACGAUGUAGCUCGCCUGGGACUUUUAUUAGCAGAGGUUUCAGGGCAUCAUCUUAGUUCUAUCAACCCAAAAGCUAUGUCUGGCAUCACUUCUAAAGUCAUGCUUGAAAUGUUACCUCAAAAUUUGCAACAUUUAUCGGAGGCACAGCUUAAGUAUAUUGGACAAAAACCACUCAACAUAUUGGCAAGGAAAUUAAAAGAUUAUCAAGAUCAAUUACAGAUUUAUGGUAACAGUGGAGGUGUUCUUUUAGCGGAGUAUUUUUAUUUUAUUAUACCGCAUUCUGUAGUCUUAUUAAAUAAAGUAUAA